AUGGCAACGGCGAAUUACGUUGGCCAACGUAUCUCAUACGAUGGCGCUCUCUGCACGGUGAGAUUCGUCGGUGAAGUCUCAGGCACAACAGGGACGUGGCUCGGCGUAGAAUGGGACGACUCAGCCCGUGGCAAACACGACGGAUGUCACAAAGGCAUUCGUUACUUUACCUGCAGAUCUAAAUUCCCCACUGCUGCCUCAUUUGUGCGCCCUUCACGGCCAGCUGACCCGCCGCGUCACUUUCUAGCAGCCGUCAACCACAAAUAUGCCUCUGAAUACACGCUUCCAGAUGGCAGAAGGGCUGCAGAAGAGAUUGUGUUCUUCGGAAAGCGUGCUGAGGAGGUGGGGUUUGAGAAGAUCCGCCGUAAGCAAGCCAAUAUCGGCGAGCUCACUGUGGUGAUUCUCGAGGACCUCCAGGUUUCCAGUGCCAGAGCAGACGACGAGAGCGAGGGAGUCAUUGCAAAGACGUGUCCCAAGAUUACGCAGUUGGACCUCAGUCGCAAUUUGUUUGAGCGGCUUGACCCCGUGUUUGAAAUUUGUCGUGAGCUACCAAACCUCCAGCACCUGACCCUCAAUGGGAAUCGAUUCCAGAAUGUUUUAUACGAUCAAGUAAGCGAUGCUGUAAACAGCGUCAAAGAGCUGUCGCUCGAGGAAACCUUGCUGAGCUGGGAGGAAGUUUGCCACAUUGCAACAAAGUCUCCAUCUUUGGCUGCUCUUGAUGCUGGAUCAAACCAAUUUCAAUCUCUCCCUGCUUUAGACUAUGGCAAUCUUUCGUCCACUUUGACAUCUAUCAACCUCGAAAUCAACGAAUUCACUUCGUUUGUGGACAUCAGCACCCUUGCAACACUCAGAUCACUUCGCAACGUCCACCUCAAGGGGAACAACAUUUCGACAAUUGCCCCUGAAGGUACAGAAGGACCGAUCUUCUCAGAUACUGUCCAGUAUCUCGACGUCUCCUAUAACAAAAUUCAAUCCUGGGAAUUUGUGAACCAGCUUCCCAAACAUUUCCCUGGUCUAGUUGGGUUGCGAAUUGGCCACAACCCCUUCUACGACGCUGUGGACGCUGAUGCCAAAGCAUCGUCUUCGGAGGAGUCACACAUGUUUACUGUCGCCCGUCUUGGGUCACUAAAGUCCCUCAAUUUCAGCCAGAUCACGCCGGCUGAUAGAAGUAACGCCGAGAUGUUCUAUCUUUCGCGGAUUGCAAAACAGCUCGCGGCUGCACCAGAGGACGCCGAACAAGAAGUCCUGGCAAACCACCCUCGCUAUUUCGACCUUUGCAAAAUCUACGGCGAGCCAAACAUUGUUCGUCAAUCAGAGGUCAACCCUGCUUUCCUGGAGGCACGUCUAGUUACCGUUGCUUUCCGUCUUCAAAAUGGCGAGGAAAAAGUGAAGAAGAUCCCCAAGUCGUACGAUAUCUAUGCCGUAAAAGGCAUCGCUGGAAAACUGUUUGGCCUGUCGCCUCUCAGACUGGGGCUUAUCUGGGAAACAGGAGAAUGGGACCCUGUAGCUGGCUUUGACGAUCAAGAGGGCGAUAGCAGCGACGAGGAGGAUGCCGAAGAGGAGAGGGAACGCAAAGGAAUUGACACACAUGCUGCUGAGGAGGAUACUGCAGGCAAACCUGGACGAUGGGUCAAAAGAGAAGUGGAACUCAAAGAUGGACCUAGACAACUGGGUUACUGCGUAGAUGGUUUGGAUGUCAAGAUGCGUGUGGAGGCUCGAUAA